CUGGCAUCACCCCACCUCACACGCAGUUUCAUUUAUUCACCCUACUAGAAAGCAGCAAACGUUAUCCAAUGAGGAACCGAAUGGUAAAAAGUUGAUAAUCGGACUGAUAAAAAUGUAUUCUGAAACAAUCAGAGAGAUAUAUGAAGACAGCCUGUUGGUGAUACGUGCCGAAAAUCGACAACCCCUCGAACCUAUUUAAAUACAGCAAAUCUGCCGAGGAGAUAUUAAUUCCAUAUGGAUGGUGAAUAUGAGAAGAGAAAUGAACAUAUAAGCAUGUAAAUGUAUGUAUAAUACAAGAAUGGAGUCCAUGCAUACAGAGGACAUGACGUCAUCACAGUGCGCUGCGCUCUGGACGAGGCGGUGGCGGACGCCUCUUCAAACAACACUGUCAUUUAGGUACGGGCACUGGUUCUAUUCUAUUAUUAUUUAGAGAAAUACAAAUUUCUAGAGUAGUGCCUUUAUUCAUUUGGGAAUUUUAAAUGAAAUAAAAAUGUUUUGCAUGCAUUUUACAUCAGAUUAACGCUUGCGGAUGCCAACUAGAAAACAACAGGCGUUCUUAUUAUGAGAAGGAAUAUGUGAAUAAUAUGUUGGCAUCAGAUUAACUUGGGAUGCCUAAGAAGUUCCAGGGUGAGAACUCCAAGGCUGUCACGGCCAAAGCUCGCAAGGCUGAGGCUCAAGCCGUGGCAGACGCCCGCAAAAAGAAGGAACAAGAGGAUGCUUUGUGGACGGAAAAUGACAAACAUGUCCUGAAAAAAGAAGCGCGGAAGGAUGAUAAGGAGAAGCGGAGGUUGGAGGCCCUGGAGAGGAAGAAGGAGAACCAGCGCCUCCUGGACGAGGAGGCCUCCAUGCUGAAGGGCCGGGCCACCAAGGAGGCCGCGGCCGCGGCGGCAGCGGCUGCAGCUGGGGGCAAGGUGACCCGCGCCCAGAUAGAGGAGACCCUACGGGCUGAGGAGCAGCAGCCGGGCGCGCCUCGACCCAAAGAAAAGAGCCACCUUGAGACCCCAUUGGAGGAGAACGUGAACCGGAUCGAGCCUGAGGAGGGCAGUGUCGCUGCCCGGACGAUAGAAGACGCUAUUUCCGUGCUCAGUACGGGACCAGAGGAGGUGGACCGCCACCCGGAGCGGAGGAUGAAGGCGGCCUUCGCCGCGUUCGAGGAGGCCCACAUGCCCCGCCUCAAGAUGGAGAACCCCAACAUGAGAUUGUCCCAGCUGAAGCAGAUGCUGAAGAAAGAGUGGACCAAGUCGCCGGAGAACCCGCUGAACCAGCGCUUGGCGGCCAUCUCCAACUGAAGGCCUCCCGGCACUCACUCUACACUUGCUCUAACCUCGUUCACAAGCCCAACCAAGCUCAAAUUCUCACUAUUUUGGAACAAAUGGUUCUUAGGGUCGAUGGCGAGAGUUGCUGAUGAAAGCCGUUACCGCGCACUUAGAUGGACUCACUCCAAUGCCCCGAGGACUUUCAAGAAGGCUCUUAAUUCUACGCAGCUUUUGCGAGCUAGCUAACAUCGGCUUAGUUUUUUCUACUCAUCAUUGCCCUUAAUGACAUUUAAGUUUACAAACCCCACCUCCUGAAGAGGAUUCUCUGCAUCUUAUGAGUUUGAUUACGUUGGGCUCAACGAAAGUUGAGACGUCAAGCCUUGUUUCCGAUAUUUUGAGAUGACAGUAAUUAAUUCAAGGGUGCUACUCCGUAUCAACUAUCUCAUUUAACGAUUUACAAUGUUUUUGCUUUUGAGUGCUCGACUCCCGGAUCGGUCUGAGCAGGGCUGGACAAUAAUGUGAAUAAAGUCAGGCAUUGAUUCACAGCAA